AUGAUUAUUUAUUAUAUAAAUUAUCUAAGGACAAUAAUUAUUGAACUAUAUUAUUAUAUAACCGGACAAACAAUUUCAACCUUGAACUCACAUCAAACUGAAGAAGAAAUACGUCAACGACGACGUGAUGUCAAACAAAUAUAUAUUGCAAUUAUAACCUCUAUGAUUAUUAUUAUAUUUUUUGUUAUAAUAUUUAUAUUUUUAUUAUUUAUCUCGGAUGAUUCAAUUAUAUCGAAAAUUAAUACUUUUUAUACAGGUCGAAAAGGAGAAAUCGAUAGAAAUUCUCCAUUUUAUCAUCAUCGUCGUAUUUAUAUUGAUAUUGGUUGUUUUAAUGGUGAAACAGUUGAAUAUUUUAUUCAUUUUACUAUGAAUAGUGCAUUCUAUGAAAUUUAUACAUUUGAACCUGAUCCAGAUAAUUAUCGUUUAUGUAAACAACGUCUAUCGCAAAGAAAAUAUAAAAAUUUAAAUAUAAAAAUUAUACAAAAAGUUGCUUGGAUACGUGAUGAAAGAGUUUAUUUUCGAACUGAACGUGGACGACAAAGUCGAAUUAGUUUAAAUAUUACUGAGGAUGAUGGUGAAUCAAUUGAAUUAGAUGCAAUUGAUUUUUCAUCUUGGCUUACACGUUUAGUUAAACCAAAUGAAGCUCUUAUGCAUAUUAAAAUGAGUAUGCCCGGAGCAGAAGUACCAGUUUUAGAAAAAAUGAUUCGUGAUAAUACGUUAGGUUUAGCAAAUAAAUACGAAGUUGAAUGGAUAGAUAGAAAUAAUCCACGUAUUCGUCCUAUACGAAUUUAUAUACAAUUAAUGUUUGAUAGUUAUGGUUUUGAAUGUCUUUAUUAUACACGUGUACAAGAUGCGAAAAAAGUUUAUCAGAUGAAUGGUGCAUUUGAUAAUGUAACAAAAUAUUAUGAUUGGAGAAAACUUAGUGAAUCUGAUACAUUAGCUCAUUAUGUUGAACGACCUGAUAUGUUGAUAAUAGAAAAUAUGAUUUAG